AUGGAAGUCCCAAGACUGAAGAAACGACCUCGCCGCUUCUGUGAACAUUGCAACACUGAACUGUGUCACACACAGUAUUUUGACCACAGAAAGCGCUUUUUCAAAAAUGGAGUUUGGGAGAAAAAAUCCAAAAGGGCUACGUCAGAUAACGUCCUGAGCCAGCUGCUGUCCAGUCAUGAACCCGCUGUGAGUGAUGUACCGUCAAUGUGUAAAGACCCGGAAGAUAACUUUACUGGAGUUAGAGAGAUUGGUGGAAGUGAAAUGCACUCCGAGGACCCAGAAAAAGAAUUGAUUGAAGAAUUUGAAGAAACGCACCCAGCAAAUAUCAGUUCAGACAACGACGAAACAGCAGAUGAUCAAAGCAUUCAUCUUUUCCUGGACUCCAGCGAUUCAGAGUCAAUGCAAGAUGAUGAAGACAUCUCCUGUUGUGUGGAUGACUUUGUGGAUGCAGAGGGGGAAAUCCUUGCUGAGGAGCAGAGUGAAGCCUAUCCUCACAUACAAGAUGGGGAGGAGCAUGGAAGUGAUCAGUCCAGAAGUGAAAAACCAGAACACUUGUUGAUGAAACUUUUUGCCAUGAUGCUUUUGUCAUGGCAAUCAACCUUCAAGAUUUCUGAUAAUGCCAUCACAUCACUUCUUCUGUGCAUCAAACAUUUCAUGUGGAUAAUUGGAAAUGUUCUCUGUGCUAAUACCCUCACUGCCUUUUCAAGCAACAUUCCAAAGACUUUAUGCUCCUUGAGGAAAUGGGCUGGUAUACUUCGUGACGACUUCUUACAGUAUGUGAUAUCCCCGCAACUCGAAAAUGUGGAGGCUUUGUUGGACAUGGAGCUUACAGAGGAUGUCACAAGUGUUUGA